CCAACAUCGGCGUUGACUGAAGCUGCUGUUCGUCAUGACUUCCCUCGAUCGCUUCUUCUGCCAGCCAGAUUGAAGUAACCACCCUCAUCAUGUCGUAUACUCGAGUCGGUGUUGUUACUGGUGCAAAUAAGGGAAUUGGUCUUGCCAUAGUCCGCCAGCUCGCGCUUGAAUACCCCAAAUCUCCCAUCAACAACGGCCCUCUCCUCAUCUACCUUACCGCUCGAGACAGAGGUCGAGGAGAAGCUGCUGUUAAAGAUCUGUUUGAAGAUGCCCAGUUGAAGAAGGCGAAGGCUCUGUCUGCUGACGGCGGGCUCUCGGAUAUUCGAUAUUACUCUCUAGACAUUGCGGACAGCAAGAGCAUCUCCAUGUUCGCGGCAUACCUGAAGCAAGCCCAUGGUGGCGGUGUCGAUUUCGUCAUCAACAACGCAGGCAUUGCGAUGCAAGGCUUCGAUUCCAAUGUAGUCAAAACCACACUUGGAGUCAAUUAUUAUGGAACUCUUGAAGCUUGCCAUGCAUUGCUUCCCAAUAUCAAGCCCAACGGUCGCCUAGUGAAUGUGGCGAGCACAGUUGGCAGGCUCAAUAAAUAUUCUGAUGAAGUCAGAGACCAAUUCCUCUCUUCAAAAACCGAGGAAGAUGUAACAAGGAUCAUGCAGACGUUCGCUUCUGCUGUCGAGGCCGGGAAAGAGAAAGAAGCAGGUUUCCCCAGCGCGGCGUACGCUACUUCCAAGGCCGGCCUUAUCGGCGCGACAAGAGCCUUGGCACUCGCAGAGAAAGCGAAGGGUUGUUCCGUUCUGAUUAAUUCAUGCUGUCCUGGGUACGUGAAAACCGACAUGACAAGAGGUGGAGGCAACAAGACGCCAGAUCAAGGGGCACGGACACCGGUUAUGCUCGCUAUCGAGGACAUAAAUGACAAGACCGGGCUUUUUUGGCAAAACGAGGAACCCUUGGAAUGGUAGAAACCUCAGCUCUUUAUUUUCGCUGUGCCUGGGCACUGCUGGGUGGAUCGUUCUAGAGGACGUCGGUCGUGUAACUGCCAGAUCAGCUGCUGGAUUUACAGUAUAUUUAUACCCACACGGGAGGACGAUCAGGGAUAACUUGAUCUGUCAAGUCUGUUGUUGGAAUCAAGCGAAGAAUUAAAAAGCGG